CAAAUCCCAAAGAUUUUUGCAAUGAAGAACUCCAGAAAUGUCUUCCUUCUUCUCUUUGCUCAUGCUACUCUCAGCCUGGAACGUGUCCGGUGGUGCACUGUCUCCCAGCAAGAACUUUCCAAAUGUAAUGACAUGAGUAAGGCCUUUGCUGGGGCUGGCAUUCUUCCCCCUGUAGAAUGUACAGAGGGAGGGUCAGCUGCUAACUGUACCCAGAUGAUCAAGGAUUAUUUGGCAGAUGCAGUGACGCUGAAUGGUCGUUUGAUUUACCAGGCUGGGAAGGAGCAUGGUCUGAAACCUGUGGUUGGGGAAGUAUACGAUCAAGAGAUUGGAACUUCAUACUAUGCUGUGGCUGUAGUAAAGAAAGGCUCCAAUAUCACCAUCAACAGCUUGAAAGGUAUCAGUUCGUGUCACACAGGCAUCAACAGAACUGCUGGCUGGGAUGUGCCAGUGGGUUAUCUAAUUGACAGUGGGCACCUCACAGCAAUGGGAUGUGACCUUCCAAAAGCUGUUAGUGACUAUUUCAGUGCGAGCUGUGUUCCUGGAGCAAAUAGUGUAAAUUAUCCCAAAUCCCUCUGUCAGCUCUGCAAAGGGGAUUUGUCUGGGCAGAACAAAUGCCAAGGAAAUUCACAAGAACAAUACUAUGACUACAGUGGGGCUUUCAGGUGUUUGGCUGAAGAUGCUGGAGCAGUUGCUUUCGUGAAGCACAGCACGGUUCCUGAAUACACUGAUGGAAAAACUCUUUCUUCUUGGGCCCAGAAUCUUCGUUCCCAGGACUUCCAGCUUCUGUGCCGCGACGGUAGCACGGCUGAUGUGACAGAGUGGAGAACCUGCCACCUGGCCCGAAUCCCAGCUCGUGCUGUGGUAGUACGGCCUGACACAGAUGGGACAGUUGUCUUCCAGCUCCUGAACCAGGGACAACAAAGAUUCAAUGGUGCAGGCACAAAGUUUCAGAUGUUUGACUCCACAGCCUAUGGUGCCCAGAAUCUUAUAUUCAGAGACUCCACCACAGAGCUCAUUGCAAUCACAUCUCAGAAUUACCAGGCAUGGUUGGGUGAUGAAUAUCUUCAUGUCAUGGAAGGCUUGAGCUGUGACCCGAACACAUUGCCAGAAAGCCUGAACUGGUGUGUUAUUUCAACUGAGGAGAUUUGGAAAUGUGCUGAAAUGGCUACUGCUUUUAGGAAAAAAAAUUUGAAACCAGCAAUCCAGUGUAUUUCAGCCAAGACAAAAGAAGAGUGCAUGGAGCUGAUCCAGAAAAAGGAAAGUGAUGCUGUAGCUCUGGGUGGAGCUGAUAUUUACACAGCUGGGAAGACAUAUGGCCUUGUACCAGCUGCCGGAGAAAGUUACUCUGCUGAUGACAACAGCAAUGCAUACUAUGCUGUGGCACUAGUGAAACGGAAUCCAUCCAAUGCAUUCACCAUCAGUGACCUGAAAGGGAAGAAGUCCUGCCACACAGGACUGGGGAGAACAGCUGGAUGGAAUAUCCCCAUUGGUAUGCUAAUUAAGAAGGGCAUUAUUAAGCCCAGAGACUGCAAUAUUCCUCAAGCUGUGAGUGAGUUUUUCUCUGCAAGCUGUGUGCCUUCAGCUAAUCAGGAUAAUUACCCAUCAAAACUCUGUCAACUGUGCAUUGGAGAUGAUAGUGGAAACAAUAAAUGCAGUGCAAGUAGCCAAGAACGUUAUUACAGCUACAGUGGAGCCUUCAGGUGCCUGGCACAGGACUCUGGGGAUGUGGCCUUUGUGAAGCACUCGACCGUGUUUGAGAACACAGAUGGUAAGAACACUGAAAGUUGGGCCAGGAACUUGAAGUCCAGUGAUUUCCAGUUACUGUGUCGAAAUGGUGCCCGUGCUGAAGUCACCCAGUUUGCUCAGUGUCACCUGGCUCGGGUGCCAGCUCAGGCCAUUGUGGUUCACCCAGAUACCAACAUUUUUGCUGUAUAUGGACUACUGGACAAGGCCCAGGACUAUUUUGGAAAUGACAGCAAUGGAAAUGGAUUCAAAAUGUUUGAUUCUUCAACUUUCCAAGGAAAAAACUUGAUCUUUAAGGAUUCUGCUGUUCAGAUCGUGCCUGUAAAAGAGAGGAGGACAUACAAAGAGUGGCUGGGGAGUGAAUAUAUUGAGUCCCUUGAAGGGAUGCAAACACCACAGUGCUCUGGGUCAGGUAAUAAGUUAAUACAACAGCACCUACUAGUGACUACUGUUGUUUCCUUCCUUAUUUUAUAUCAGUUACAAGACUUGGAUUAACAUGGUGUAAAUGGCAACUUCCAGGCCACCCCUGCCUACCACUUUCAGAUGAGCUGCUAUUUGGAUAACAUGUUGGGCUAACAUUUUAAUGCCUCUUCCUGCCUCUUUGCCGGCAAGGUGCUAACAGCAUCUGCUUAUCAGGGGAGUGGGGUGGGGUUGGAAGCUGAUCCUGUUCAUGUGAAUGGGGUAGAAUUUGGGACAGAAGCCAUCAAUACUGUGCCUGCAUGGCUUACAAGAUCAAUCCAAAACUGGAGCAUCUCUGCAAUUGUUGCUGAUGUGGAAUUAUGCUGGGCUGAAGGAUUCUCAGAUGCUGUUAGGUGGAUACUGGGUUUCUGAUCUGUAGAAGAAUUUCUGCAUCUUGGAAGGCAGUAUCAAAAAUCUUGUCUAGUGAAUCCACUCUGGCCUCCAUGCUGGUAACGUUCCAACUCCUUCAUCCCUGCUUAUCCUAUCCUCACCUUGUUGGGGGCAACAGUUUCUCCUGAGCUCUGCUGACAGAAGAGGUAAGUGCACAAAGGAUGGACAGGCUGUGGACAGAGAGAGUAUGUGCCGUCCAAAAUACUGCUUCUGCCAUGUACAAGGUCCUCCAGCUUCCAGUAGAAGAAAGUAGGGGGAAUCGCCAAAGUCACUGGAGGAAAAGGAAGGCCAGAGAGACUUGGAGGGACUACCUGCUGGCACAGGAAAGAACAAAGCCAAAUGUGUUCAUCCACUGAGCUUGUUGACUUUCCACAACCAGUACUCUCGCUGGCUUUGGAGAAGUCAUUUUCCCUUGUCAUCAGGAAACUUGUGGCUGUCCUCCUGCAUGGGGUUAUCUGAGUGCCUGUGAAUGAAACUUGUAUUUUCUGUUAGAGAAACAAAGUAGCUCACUACUGAUUAUGUGUUUCUGUAUCAAUUGGUUUGUGGUAUUCAGUUCUUAUUUUUAUCCAUAGCUGCAAUAACAACAAAUGUUGCUGUGCUGCUGGCAGGCAGCCUCCUCCUGACUACAGCUACCACCUCAUGAUCCUGGGAUGAAAAGACAUUCAACAUAAUUAAAAAAACAAAACAAACUGGUAAAAACAGACAUAAAUAAUGUAAAUAAAUGGAACCUAAGAAAUAAACAAGAGAAGUAAUUAUAAUUUA